UUCUUCGAUUUCUUUCUCCAUUACUUCUACCCUUCCAUCGGUUUUCUUUUGGGCCAUCAGGAUUUUGGUGCUCUGAUACCAAUUUGAUAGGAUUCUAAAAAGAAGACUGAAUCUGAAAUGGAAAUUGACUGAAAUAAACUGCAGAAAUUACAAGUGUAUAGAUGUUUACAGGACUCCUUUUCCUUACUUAAUAAUUGCCUAACUAUCUCCUACCUUAAGCCCCCUAUUUAUAACCUGUUUCUAACAAACUUAUUCCCCUCCCCACAUGCUCCUAAACAGAAUUUAGUUAACCUUUGUUCCAGAUGAUUCUCCCCCCUUCUUGAGUCUUCUAGAGUAGAUGAAGUGGACGGGAGGCCUAACACGUUGCAGCUCCAAGAUCUAGAAAAAUGCACCUUCCUUGUAAAGUUGCAGCUGCAAUGACCUUAUCUUUCUCGAGGGAGUGACUUGAACAUGUGGGAGGUGGUUGCAGCAUUACCAUAUCUAGAUCGCGAAUUGUCACCUCCCAAAUACCGGUCAUUCUUUAUCCCAUAUCUGUGGCAGCAGAAAAAUGUGUUUGGCUUGUACAAACUACUUAAGAGAUUGCCGAAAUCUGAAACACAAUCUUCUACUCUUUUGGGUUAUGAACUUCACGACUGGAAAGUUUCUAUCUCCACGAGGCAGAUGUCAUAUAUAUGGAAUUCUAACUUGCUUCAAUUCGAAAGGGGCAACAAUUUUCAUUCUGAAAUGUACCAUCCAUACAUUCAGCUUGAUUUUACGUGAACUGGCGGUGAUUUUGUAGUUUCAGCUUGAUCUCUCCCUGUCCUCAUCAAUUGAGCAUCACAGAAAAUGAUCUGUUGCACGUGUUCUUGUGACUGAGAAAAUCACAAUUUUCAGUUUCUUUACCUUGAUAUAG